UCGAGGCACGAUGAAUAUGUUUCAGACGAAACCGAACUUUGCAUCCUUGAAGAAGACGCCUUCGAACGUUCCCCGAGGAUAAUUAGCGGCCACCGACACAAAGAUGAAAUUAUUUUGCAUUUUUAUCGGAUUUUCGGAAGAAACGGGAACGAUUUGCCCUAUAAUCUCAUCGAUUGAACUAUUUCUUACGCCUUGCGAAGACUUUCUGGUCGUCCGUUCGCGGAAACUUUUUACGAUUACCUACGUUUUAUUUGCGCGAUAUACCCCAUAUACUCCGAAACGCGCUUCCUGCGAGUUCAUGGACUUUCCUUUGUUCGACGUAACCACGUUUUCGGUUGUCCCCUUAAUAAAACGUUUCUUUGGCUAAAUUCGCGGUAGAAAUAUACGAUAACCGUUUCGAGCGGAAUUUUCAGAAAGUAAAAAAAAAGCGAAAAUGCAGGGGAUGCAGGACACUUGCGAGUUUUCGAGAGGGAACGGCACGGGAGUUGCCGAGGCCUUGGGCAAUUGGGGAUUUUCUAACGGAGUCGCCAGCAGUGGCCGAGAACUCGACCGUCUGAAAUGCCUCUUCGGGAAAAUGGACAGCUUGCGAAGAAGCGAAACGCCGACCUGCGUGCGGUACGACCGCGGAAACGAUCCCGAAGCUUGGGUCGCGAAGCCAAGUCCCGAAGAGUGCAAACCGGCAUGGACGUUCCCUGCCAAGAGGCCUCUUAUCACUUACAGCUCGACCGCGACCGUCAUCGUUACGUCGAGUUUGCUCGACGCGGGCUCCGAUUUGGCUUUCCCGAUGCCGGAACGGAGUUACCACGUGCAGCGACGAUCGAAGAACUGGUACAAGAGAGAAUUGGCACCGGAUCGUUGCCCGCGGCCGAGAUGCCCGAGAUGCCCGAGAUGCUGAGGACGC